AUGCCGUCAAACCCGAGUCCAGGUCCCACCCCCGAUGUCGAGAUGUCCGUUUCCUCGGCUUCUGGUCCGAGACACGCCAGCCGCGGAGCCAGGAGGUACGGCUUUGCCUGUGCGAGGUGCAAGUCCCGCAAAAUCAAGUGCAGUGGGGACCAGCCUGUGUGCAAGGGUUGCCAAAAGAAUGGCGAGGAUUGCGUCUGGCCAUCUCAAGACUCGAGCGAUUUACGACUUCGACACGCCAAUGCUCGUAUCCGAUGGCUGGAGGCUUCUCUCCUCAGGAGGUCCCGUUCUCCCCAGAUCGACUCGCCGGGCGAUACUCAGCCAAACAGAGCAUCUCCCCGCCAAUCGACUUGCGCAGUGGCCAAUACAGACACGAGCCCGGCUGUGAGCACGACCACAUCCUCCACAGCAGCUGACGUCGCGUAUCCAUCUUCUGCGACCGAGAUUUGGUUCCAGGUUGGUAUUGGAGAGGAUGGAGGCGUUGUCUACAACGGCCCAACCAGCCGGUUUCAUGCUGGUGCACUGGAGGAGAGUAGCAUUGUGCCUACCUCUGAAGCUAGCAAUGUCUCUACCCUCUCCGUUUCGGAACCAAAGCGAGCUGCACAUGUUGAGACAUUACGAUCCCAGUGGUCUCUGAUGGACUCUGCCUGGCUUCCUUUAAUUCAGGCAAAGCCCUUGAUGAAUGGAACAGGCGUCGACACAAAGGUUGGCAUGGCUCUCCUAGAUAUAUACUGGACGUGGCUACAUCCCCUCCACAACUGUGUCUACCGCCCAUGCCUCGUCAUGGAUCUUGCUCUAGGUGGGCAAUACUGUUCCGACUUCCUUCUCAUGUGCAUCUUUGCGUUAGCAGCGAGGCAUCUACCUGAACAAGACUUGUCUUGCCCUGACAUUGGGAAGGGAGAGGACUUUGUCAAACGAGCCAAGGAACUUCUUUUGCAGGAAAUGGCAGCAGACAAGCCCACGAUACCGACAAUACAAGGACUUCUUAUCCUUGGGGGGCGUCAGUGUGCCGUGGGAAAGAGUUCUGAAGGCUGGCUCUACACGGGCAUGGCAAUCCGGAUGAUGAUCGACAUUGGGCUUCAUCUUGAUACUCCAAAACUCGCCGAAUUACAGCGCUGGACGCCUGCAGAAACAGAGACCCGAAAGCGAUUAUACAACUCGGCAUACAUAUGGGACAAGACCUUGAGCCUUGCCCUCGGGCGCCCCCCCUCGCUGAUACGACAACCAUACCCGAGCACCGACAUUCUGGACAAAUUCGACGACGCUCGGGACUGGGAACCUAUCCACGCUGUAGAGGUUAGCAAUAUGUACACGCCAACGCCAUCAUGGAAUAGCACGACAUUUUGCACCUUUUGUCAACUUCACGAACUCACAACAGAAAUGAUGUUGCUGUUCUCAAAUACCCCAAGCACUGAAGACUUUGCAACAAACAUCAACGAUCUUGAUGCCAGAUUUCGGACUUGGUAUGAUGAGAUGCCACCAUCUCUCAAGAUCAGCGAUGUUGGGAGUCUUCAGCAAAGCCCUCCGCCCCACAUCAUCUCACUCAAGUAA